GAUAUAUUAACACACAUCAUAUGGCAAUCGUAGAAAUGUGAACACACAUCAAGACACAUUAGAAGAGAGCGUUGCUCAACAAAUGGCAAUGUGAAUAAAAAAAUAAAAAAGAGAAAUAUUUAGGUAGAUGCGUUAGACAUGUCAAUGCGAUGCACAGUAUAAAGAAAACAUAACUGUAAAAAUAUCAAAUAAAGAAAAGCAGGGUAUAAGUGCGACGCCUUCAUGGAACGUUGCUAGGCCAUUGGUGAUAAGACAUUAUCAUUUCAUAUUUUGAAGUGCGGCAGUGAAAGCGGCAACAGAAGGGCUCUCGAUUACUUCUCUGGGCAAACGAUUCCAAUCGUGGAUGGUACGGGGGAAGAAAGAAUUCAUCUACUGAGUACAGGUGUGGUUUGGAACAAAUACCGCAACUACAAUCGCCCAAAGUGGCGUGGAAAUCCCAUGUGCGAGAAUUUUCAUCUAGCGAAAUCGAAUAAAAAAAAUCUGUACAUAAUAUCGAGAGCGUUCAGUGAGUCUGGCCAGUGGAAAAAGGAGCUUUUAAAAGGAUACGUGAAACCAAAACCAAUAUACUGUCCAGGACCUCUAUUGGAACUGAAGUAUUCAAUUCUAAAUACGCUCGAGACGUACUGCCUGGCAUAUUGGAAUCCCAAGGAGAAGUGUGCCAUUAUGAAACCGGCGGAUUGGACAUGCGAAAUGUUUGUAGGGGAUAAGUCCACUGGAACACCAAUAUCCGCAUGUGAAAAAGAAUUCGAGAAGAUCUGCGGAAAACAAAAAUAUGAGGUUUAUAACAAGUCCUGUCUCCCUUACUGGAAACAGCAACAAGAGGAAGCCGCAAACAAACCGGGGCCAUACAUGAAAGGCAAACUUCAAAAUUAAUUUGUGUAGAAGUGCGAGCAAUAAAC